AUGGACGCCACCGAGAGGAAGCAUCUGCUGGACGCCAGGCUUGGAGCCCGGUCUUACAGAUCUCUGUGGCAGGAUGGGGGCAGCUGGAUGCCUCUGUCUUCACCUGGCCCUGGCCUGGACUUGCAGCCCAUUGAGCUGGCUACCAAGAGCAACCAUUACUGUCAUGCCCAGAAGGGUCCUGGCAGUCACUGCGACCCCAAGAAGAAGAGGGCCUGGCGCCAGCUCUGCAUGGCAUGUGCCUUCUGCGUGUUGUUCAUGAUUGGCGAAGUCAUUGGUGGGUCCCUGGCACAUAGCUUGGCGAUCAUGACAGACGCAGCCCACCUGCUCACUGACUUUGCCAGCAUGCUCAUCAGCCUCUUCUCCCUCUGGAUGUCUUCCCGGCCAGCCACCAAGACCAUGAACUUCGGCUGGCAUCGAGCUGAGAUCCUGGGUGCCCUGGUCUCUGUGCUGUCCAUCUGGGUCGUGACUGGGGUACUGGUCUACCUGGCGGUGGAACGGCUGAUCUCUGGGGACUAUGAGAUCAAGGAGGGAACCAUGCUGAUCACGUCAGGCUGUGCUGUGGUCGUCAACAUCAUAAUGGGGUUGAUUCUUCACCAGUCUGGCCACGGACACGGACACGGCCAGGAGCACAGCCAUGACACCAGCCAGCAGCAGGAGAACCCCAGUGUCCGAGCUGCCUUUAUCCAUGUGGUCGGAGACUUUCUGCAGAGCUUGGGCGUUUUGGUGGCAGCCUUUAUUUUAUACUUCAAGCCAGAGUACAAGUUUAUCGACCCCAUCUGCACUUUCCUUUUCUCCAUCCUCGUCCUGGGGACAACUUUGACCAUCCUGAGGGAUGUGAUCCUGGUGCUGAUGGAAGGGACCCCCAAGGGCAUGGACUUCACGGCUGUGCGGGAUCUGCUGCUGUCAGUGGAGGGGGUGGAAGCCCUGCACAGCCUGCACAUCUGGGCGCUGACCAUGGCACAGCCUAUCCUGUCUGUCCACGUCGCCAUCGCUGGGAACGCAGAUGCCCAGGCCGUGCUGAAGGCAGCCAGUGCCUGCCUGCAGGGGACGUUCCACUUCCACACCACGACCAUCCAGAUCGAGGACUACUCUGAGGACAUGAAGGACUGUCAGUCAUGCCGGGGCCCCUCAGACUGA